CGUGUGUGUGCGCGUGUGUGUGGGAGGUAAGUGGAGAGCACGUGCUCCUGGGAUACUGGACGGUUUACCCGCCGCACAAUGUCAUGGCGACCAUCACCGAGCAACUUUACUGUGCAUUCGUAACACAGGAUAAUUCCGGAAAUCAAAGUUAGCGAGUGAACAGUGAGGGUAACAUCUCUGACAUCCACGUCAAAGGAAAUCCCCCUUUACGCUAAACUCGAAAGGACGGCUGUAGAGUUGUAGAAAUGGAAUGUGCCGUCAACACCAGUGUUGAGAGUGGUGAUCCAACUGAAACUAUUCGGUGUGAAGAUAAUGCCCUCAGGGAUGGCAGUGAAACACCACGAAAGAAAAACAAGAAGCACAAAAAGCACAAAAGUAAGAAGAAGCGCAAGAAGAAGAAGGAUGAAAAAGAUAGCAGCUCUGAAUCUGGAGUGGAAUCCGACCAGGAGUCUCAAACAAAAUCAAGUGUAAAGAAAGAAGACUCAUCCAACUUUGAGUCUGUCAAUCGUGAUGAAGAUAAAGAAUCAGCAAAAAAUUCUGUUGCAGAACCACAUGAUGACGACUACAAGGCAAGAAAAACAAAGCGUCAUACAGGGAAAAAGAAGAAGAAAAAGAGACGAAAAGAAGAAGAAAAGCAACAGAGAAAUUCUCCUCGUUCACGUUCAUCUGAAUCUCGCGCUUCAUCUGAAUCCGAGUCUGAAUCGGAAUCUGAGUUAAAGUUGUCACAAGCAUUGGACACCUCUAGCUUGGACAGGAGGUCACCAGUGACUGCACUGAAGCUUUCAAAUGACAGGUGUAAAGAUAAGCUGUCACUACCAGAUGAUAAAAAGGGAGAAGUCACUAGCAAAUCUGAGCAUGCUGAAGAAGAAUGCAUAAAACCAGCAUGGAGGGAAGAUGAGUCUCCACAAGAUGCAUAUUUGCAAACCAUAAAUCAAGAACAGCACAAUGAAAAUGACAUCAAAAUUGAGAACCUUGAAAAGAACGGAAGUUUUAGCAAAGCUCAGGAGCUCCCUGACAUAAUCCCCAAGCAGGAGAAUUUACACAAAGAGCAACUCGUACAGAAGAACAUAGCCAAGGAACCACAAGAGAAUCGGAGAGGAAAGGGGGAUGAGUCAGUCUCAAGAUUAAGGUCUCGAUCACGUUCUGAUGAUAAAUCGAGCCACAGUCGUUCAAGAACUCCAAAGAAAUCCUCUGGUAUAUCAGCACGCAGGAAAUAUAAAUCACAAUCCAGAGAAAGGUCUGUUUCUAGCUCGAGAAGGAACAGUAGUACCCAAAAAAGGCAUUCAAGGUCACCAUCAGAAAGUCGCAGGUCACGGUCAAGAUCUAUCAGAGGACCAAAGCGCAAAUCAAGGUCCUUGUCUGGAAAGCGAAGGCGUCGCUCUGACUCCAGGUCCAAUACCAGAACCAAACGAUCCAGGACCAAGUCCCCACGACGUGGCCGGCGAACAAGAUCUCGAUCUGUCGUAAAGCUACGCCGUUCACGGUCAAGGUCAAAACGAUCAAUUUCUCGCAGAAAGAACCGUUCAAGGUCACGCUCAAGAUCUGCUCGGAGAGGAAGGCGCUCACAGUCACGUUCUCGAAGGAGGACACCACCAUCCCGUACACGAAAGUCUCGGUCCAGAUCAAUCAGGAGAAGGAGACGAACCCGUUCAAGGUCCAUUGUGAUCCUCAGGCGAUCUAGAUCCCGAAUGAAGAGAAACAGACGAUCUAGAUCACGGUCUAGAAACCCAAGAAGACGAAGCAGAUCUUCCUCUCCCCUGCGUUCCAGGCGCUCCAAAUCAAAAUCCCCUGUUCGACAAAGGAGGUCAAAAACUCCACGUAGGACAAGGUCAGAAUCAAGAUCUCCUAAGCGCAGUAAGCGGUCGAAAUCACGUUCUCGUCAUUCAAAGACUGCCUCGCCUAAAUAUAGUAGAGGAGCAAAAAUAAGUAAAAGUAAGCGAUCGAGAUCAAAUUCACAGAAAGACACAUCCAGAUCUAGAUCUAAUUCAAGAGGAAGACUUUCCUCAGAUAGAAGUCAGUCUCCAGCUAAGAGCAGGUCUAGAUCUUUGUCACCAGCGAAAGACCAAGAUUUGUCAGAUAAAAGUGAUUAUAAAGAAAUAUCAGAGUCCAAAAUAGAAGAAGCUACCACUGAAGUAAACCAAACCGCUCCCACAGAAAAGUGGAAGCCACUGAUGGAUAAAUAUCUAUCUCCGAAAAACACCUCAGAUGAGACCUUGGAACAAUCAGAACUUGAAUCAAAAAAUAAAAACUCCAGUAAAGAGUCUAAAAGCUCCUUGGAGGGCACUGGGAGACAAAAUGCAUCUAGAUCAAGGUCCUCUUCAUCAGAACCAUUACCUCAGGAUGGGAGUUCUGGGUCAGAUGAUAACGAGCAGUCUGAUAACUCAAGAUCACGAACACCAAGUCCAGCUAAAAAAAAAUCAGGGUUAAAGCCCAGCAGGAUGUCUAAGUCACCAAUUAGAAGGAAGCGCUCUAGGUCUGCUUCCUCAACCCAUAAGACACGGUCCAAAUCGAAGUCUGUUAGUGGUAGGGAAAAGUCUAAAUCUCCUACAAGGAAACGAAGAUCUAGAUCUUCCUCACACGGCCUAAGAAAGAGGUCUACAUCUAGGUCCCCUGCCCGGCGAAGGAAAUCACGUUCAAGAUCAGUCACUCAGAGGGGGAAGUCGAGGUCUAAAUCUCGUACCAGGACCAAGCGCUCAAAGUCUAAAUCUCCCAAAAGAAAACGCUCUAAGUCUAGAUCACCAGUACGAAAAAGGCGAUCUAAAUCACGUUCUCCUGCUCGAAGGAAGAGGUCAAAGAGUCUAGAAAAAAGCAAACGAUCAAAAUCUCGUUCCCCUACCAGGAAGAGAAGGUCACGAUCACGGUCAAGGGCCCAUCAUUCACGAUCUAAAAGAUCUCGCUCGGCAUCUCAUCGGAGGAGACCCGUGUUUCGAGGUCAUUCUUUUGACAGGCGAGAUCGAUGGAAGCGUGAGCCAAGCCAUUCUCCCAUUCUAAUUCUCCGUAAAAGAAGGUCCACCUCAAGAACGCGCCGUAGCACUAGCAAGACACCGCCACGCCUCACUGAGCUAGACAAGGAUCAGCUGUUAGAGAUCGCUAAGGCUAAUGCUGCAGCAAUGUGUGCUAAAGCAGGGAUGCCCAUCCCAGAGAGCCUUAGGCCCAAGGCUAUCCUCCAGUUGCCUUUGCCAACUCCUACUUCAGCCCCUCUGUCUUUGCCGCUGCCCCUGCCAGUUCCCAACUUGCCCAUGAGCAUCCCAAUGGGAAUACCUGGUAUGCCUGCAAUACCGAACAUGCCUAUGAAUGCUGCUAUGGCUAGUAUGACAGCAGCCACCAUGACUGCGGCACUGUCUAACAUGGGAGCCUUGGCAGCCAUGCCCCCUAUGCCUCCACUGCCCACCAUCACCAACAAACCUCCCCCAGCUCCCACUCCUAAUCUGGCAAACAUUGAAGAAGUGAAGAGAAAAGUGGCACAGCAGGCUAACAGCAUCAGUAUUAAGGAGCUGACAGAGAAAUGUAAGCAGAUUGCAGAAAGUAAAGAGGAAAUGGGUCUCUGAUGAUGAAGACUAUGGAAAAUGGUAAAUGACUUAUGCGUGGUUAACUGUAACCUUCCUUGAUGGUAACCCAUUGUUCAAAGCUGAAUGAGAAGACAAAAUGAUGACACCACUGGAUAUUAAACUGUAAAUCUAGGAAACAGUACUGAUUCCCGUGGAUGGUAUAACAGUCUCAUUUUCUGAUGACACCACUGUAUGUGGCAGAGUUAUUCUUGUCACAGGACUUGAUCUGCUACAUGAGAUCAUUUUGUGUGUCUUCAGGGAGAUUAAGGGCCUUCUUGUAUAUCAAGGCAAACACACUGCUUGGUCAGAUUCACAGUGAAGUAUUGUUUGAAUUUCAGUGUGGUCUCUCUUGACAGUUGAAAGAAUCAACUUUUUUCAAGCUGCACUCUUGUGGAUUUUUUUGACUAACAGUGUGAAUUUUAGACCACCAAGCUCCAUGACUCGCAUCAAAUGUAAAUCCCAUAUAAAAUGUAAAUCUCAUUUAUAAAGUACUUUUGUGAUCAGGAUUCCAUUGUUGUUUGUUCUUAACUCUUUUGUGAAGUAUCCUUUUUUUUUUCUUUUUUUUUUUUUUUUUAAAGAAACUAAAAUUUGAGGAUAAAUUGUCACUAAAUGCUAUGCUUCAUAGAUGAUAUUUUACUUGUGCAGGUUUGCAGUUGUAUGUGAUCUGACCCUGAACUGGGAGUGUAAAAAAAAAAAAAAAAAAAAAAAGUCACGCUGUACUGGAUUUUAGAGCCUGACAGGUGUACAGUACCAUUUUAUCUUAUAAUUUGAAUUGAUUGGAAAUGUAUAUGGCCAGUAGAGGUUUGUGAUGGGGUGCUUUUGUUUAUGCUGUUCGACAUUCUCAGAACGGUCAGAUUAAAAUACGAGUGCAUAAUAUGUACUUAGGAGAACUGCUCUUGUUGAAACACCUGUACUUUAUACAAUAUGUUCAGUGACUUGUCUAGGUGUUCAUGUUCAUUUUGGUGCAUUUAGCUAAUUCUCCUGAUUUUCUUCACAUAUCCUAGCUUCUUUUUUUUUUUUUUAAAAUGUCCCUUUCUUAGGCCACUCUGUAAUAGGAAUGUAAUCCACUUGAAAAUUGAAAUUUUUUUUUUUUUUUUUAAUUUAAAUAAUGUUUAAAAUGAGUGGUACUCAACCUAUAUGAGGCAGUGUGCAUUAUUGUACCUUUUGUGUAAGUACCAUGUUCCUAUCACAAAGUGUCGUAUCCACAAUUUUGAUUACACAGUAUGGGUUGGAUUCUCCUCUGCUGUAAGACAAGCCUGCUUUGUACAUAAUGCACCAUAUGAUUAUUAAAAUAAAUUCCCAUGACCACUG